AGCAAAUUUAAAGCAUUAAUUCAGAAAUUCAAGUGUCAGAGUUUGAUUUUGAACAAGCAUAAUGAAAGUGAAGGGAGGAGGGAAGAGGAAGGUGGUAGCCGGAGGAGGAGGGAAUCUGGGUCUAAACGACGCCGUUGAUGUUUUCGUUGUUGAAGAGAAUCACAUUGAUGUAAAUGAGGUGAAACAACAAGAUGGUGAAGAAAUAGAAGAGGAGAACGAGGAGGAAGAGGAGGAAGAAGAAGACGAAGAAGAUGAAGAUGAAGAAGUGGCACGUGACGAGGAGCCUCAAGAAGACCGCCCCAAGCUCGAUGAGGGCUUCUUUGAAAUAGAAGCCAUUCGUCGUCGAAGAAUUCGCAAGGGUCAGCUUCAGUAUCUUAUCAAAUGGCGUGGUUGGCCGGAAACUGCCAAUACUUGGGAGCCAUUGGAGAAUCUGCAGUCAUGUUCAGAUGUUAUCGAUGCAUUUGAAGAGAGCUUGCGGUCGGGAGGCAAAUCUUCUAGGAAGCGCAAACGCAAAUAUGGUGGUCCUCAUACUCUUACAAAGAAGAAACAGCCACGCUCUAGUAAUGCUGCAUAUAAUGUUGGUGUUGCUGGUCUAUCUCUAGCCACUCCUCCUCUCAGUAACACAAACCUUAUUGAUUUCCCAGUCUCCAAUCAAUCCAUAGGAUCAGGUCAUGAAGGACAAAAAAAUGGAGACCUCAGCAUUGUCAAAACACGUAGGCAAACUAGUGAGAAUAGAUUUGCAAAUGGUUCUAAACAAGUUGAUAUGAGGAAAGAGGAAACCGAGUAUGAUCCAAAGCUUAGUGAGCUGAAAGGAACAAUGUUUAGUAACGAGGCCAAUGUGGAUAAGCUUGCAGUAAAUUUACAAGAUGCCAAAGUUUUAGAAGGCAGUGGUCUUACUCAUGGGGUCUCCAAGGUUGAUCGAGUGGAAUCAGUUCCAAAUGAUCGACGUACAGGAGCUAAGAGAAGGAAGUGUGGUUCUGUGAAGAGGUUUAGACAAGAUUUAGCCUCUUCUAAACCGGUAGCUGCACAAGAUUCAGCACCAAGCAUUGCUGCUGGCUGUGGUGGUACAGGUGAGCAACCUGGGAUUGGAAAUUCAAGUCACAAGAACAAGAUUGAUGGUUCCAGAAAUGCAUCUGCACUUGUUAAAAUCAUCAGGCCAAUGGAUUUCUCAGCUUCUGUAUCAGAUAAUGUCCAGGAUGUGUUAGUGACCUUUAUGGCAUUGAGGUCUGAUGGUAAAGAAGUGAUGGUGGAUAACAAGUUUCUCAAGGCUAAUGAUCCUCUUCUGUUGAUCAACUUCUACGAGCAACAUCUCAAGUACAGUCCACAAUGAUUUGAUGGGAGUUUUAGAAGGAGUUUGUGAGUGUAGCAAUAUUUGCUUCAAGCUAGAUUUUGUUGUAUACAGAUGUUAUUAGUUCUCUAGUUGCAAGAGAUGCCCUAAGAUGAAAAAUACCCUUUUGCUCCGGCAAAUGACAGAAAGCUGAGUGGUAAUAUUGUAGUACCAUUUCUACCUCUAUUUGCCUUUUGUCUAAUUAGGUGUCAGAUUUAUCUACCAACUGCAUGAGUAUUUAACUUGGAGAUGUUUAGAGAUUCAUUAACUCUAGAAGUAUACAUAGUGUAUGAACGAUCAUUUGUAAUGAAACUUAUCUUCAUCGGA